AUUAAAUGUUAUUCUUUACAUAGUCGAAAUUGAAUCCCUACUUUUGUAUAGCCCCCAACCAUACGCAAACACAAUUAACGGCAGAAGCUCUUCUUGAUACUUUUCAUAGCAAAAUUAAAUUUCAAAUUUUAUUAUUUUAGUCGAGGAAGCCAUUGACGCAUGACUAUCAGCAUCUGUGAUGGCCAUGUUGGCGAAGGUCUUUUCAUAGCCAAGCCAUCGACGCAAGUAUCAGAGUCUGUAAUUAAUGGCGGCGCUGGUGUAGGUCUUGGCAUUGUCCCACUGGAACUCCCUAACGUAGCCUCGUAUGUGGGGAACAUGAUGAUUUGAGAAGAUUGCCUUUUGUGUCUAAGGUGAUUAGAGAAGCAUUGAUGCAUAUGUAAACUACUCCCUCUCAAAGCUAAACUGCCACCACCGCCGCCUCCUAUCGUCGUCGCUGCCGCCUCUCUCACCUCAGCCACCGGCAAUUUUUCACCACGACCAAUAAGCAAGAACUAUAGCGAACUUUAGUUCCUUACUCGUCUAAAGUUCUCUUUCUCUCUUCAAAAUGUCUUUGCUGGAAGUUAUAACAAAAGCUUCAUCUUCAAUUCCAACUCGACCCGACGAAGAAACCGAUUACCCGAUUGUGCUCAACCCGGAGCCUAUUCUCCUCAAGCUAAAGCCCGAGUCCGAUGGCCCGCUAGCUCAUAACUCUGUGAAAAAGGUUACCGGCUGGGAAAUAUCGCAAACAGACAAUGAGCUUAUCAAAUUAGGGCACAAAUUCUUCAAGGAAUUGAGGAGGAAUCUGAAAAACACGAAUUCCUUCGGUAAAGCGGAGUUCGUGGGAAAGGUGACUUCGCAUUUGGAGAACCUCGCAAAUAAAAUUGGGGUUUCUACUGCUUUCGAAAAAACAGAAGGUGUCUAUGUAUGUAAAUUGGUGGAAAAAUUGGGGGUUUUGAUGGGUAGGGAUGUUAAGGGCUUGAUUUUGGAGGGCUGUAUUAGUUUGGAGGUUUGGGAUGUGUUGGAGAGUUUAAUAGUUAAUGGGGUUGUUGAGCAUGCUUCUACAUCGAACUUGGUUCAUAAGUUGAUCGAGAAAAGGAGAUCGGAUUUGGUUGUUUUGUGCGUGAAACACUUGUUAGACCUGCAGGCCUAUGAUUUGAUGUGCAUUUUGAAGUAUUUCUUGAUGAUGCCCACUGAUGGGUAUAGAAGCUUAUCGAGAGUGAGGGAGGAUUGGGAGAGGCAAGCGUCGUUGGCGAUUGAGAAAGCCAGUGGUAAGGGAGUUGGUGGGAAAGAGAAGAGCUUGGCGAAGGAAGCUGCGGUCUUGAUCAUGUUGGGACAUGAUGGAUUCUCGGUGUCUGAGCUGUGCUUGCAUUAUUUGCUCACGUCUGAGAAUCUUGAUGAGGUUAUUUUUGCAGCUUGUACGAGUAAGUUGAAUGGUGAGGAGUUGAAGGCUUUGAUUCGGUACUUUGGAAAGUGGCUGAGGAAGUAUGAGAGGUUUCCUCAAGCUGGCCCCUGUCCUAAGGGAUCAUCUGCGUUGGGUUUGGAGGUCUGUGAUUGGAUUCCGAGUCUUGAAAGUGUGGUCAAUUAUUUUGGUGUUGUUGUGGACGAGCAUUUUUCGUCUUUGGUUUUGCAUUCUGAGUUCCAUGAGCUAAGAUCCUUAGAAGAAGUCGUUGGUUCCUUAGCUGUUGAGGCGAGGCGUUGUGGUGCUUUGGCAAAUUUGAGUGAGAGGUUGAUAAUCGAGCGCCAGGCAUACAACCAUGAAUCUUUGGGGAAUUUUGCAUUUUGAAGACAUUUCAGAGAGAUUUCGUUUUGGCGUUGCAUGGAGCUGGAGCAAUCCUUUGCCUUUCCCUUUACGGAGAAGAUUAUAAUUCCUUGAAUCAUAUGGAUCUCCUUGUUGUUUGUUUUUCUGUUUUCUUUUUAAAUUCAAUUUUGAUUAAUUAGAAAAAGUCAAAAAACUUAUUAGCACGAGAAAAACCUAUAUAGUAGUAUAUCAGGAGAAGUUUUGAAGAAUGGAUAUGCCUCAAUUGCUAGUUUGACUUGAAUUUUAUUUGAAUGAUUGGGCUGGAAAUUUUCUUUCUUUAA